AUGGAAUGUAUCAGAGUCCAUUUGGGAUACGAAGGUUGUUUUGUUGUUGAUGCUCGUGGUCACAGUGGGGGUCUGGCUUUAUUAUGGAAAGAUGUCAAGGAGGUGGUAAUACAAGGUUUCUCUUUCAACCAUGUGGACGCCAUAGUUGAGCUUCAGGGGCUUCUUCCUUGGCGGUUUACAGGCAUUUAUGGCGAGCCUAAACGGGAGCUGAGAUACUUGACCUGGAAUUUAUUUCGCUCUCUUAAAAAUGAUUGUAAUCUCCCAUGGUGCCUUAUGGGAGACAUGAACAACUUGGGUUCGCAUUUGGAGAAGAAAUGGGGUAAGAAGUAUCCUGACCGUUUAAUAGAUGGAUUCAAUCAAGCUUUGGGAGACUGUAAUUUGAUAGAUUUGCCUCUUGUUGGUUACCCUUUCACUUGGGAAAAAGGAAGGAAUAGCAAUGACUGGAUCGAAGAAAGGUUGGACAAAGCUUUGGUUACUAAUGAUUGGUUGUCUAUCUUCCCUAUGCCGAUUCUAUACAACAUGGAGAUUACCAAUUCGGACCACUGUCCUAUCUUGCUUCUAUUAAAAGGUACCUAUCCAACUUCUUCUUAUCACUCUUUUCGGUUUGAGAAUGCUUGGAUUCGUGAACCUCUUUGUAAGCAUCUAAUUGAGGGGUGUUGGUUGGGUUCGGGUCUCAUGAAUAUUCAAGAUAAAAUAGCCAAGUGUGGGGAGGUUCUUGGGAAGUGGGGCCGUGACAUUACUGGCAACUUUCGCCAACGGAUCAAGCUUUGUAAAAAGCAAAUCCGUGACACUAAAUGGGGUCGUGAUCCGUCUUCUAUCCAACUCCACAAGGAAGGAAAGGAUAAGCUAUCUGAGAUUUUGGCUCAAAGGGAGACGUUUUGGAAGCAAAGGUCGAAACAAUAUUGGCUUAACUCUGGUGAUAAAAACAGCAAAUACUUUCACUCUAUUGCAAGUGCAAGAAAACGAAACAAUAGUAUCAGCCAGCUCAAGGAUAGCAAUGGUGUUUGGGUCGAUUGGGAAUCGGGAUUACAAGGUGUUAUCAAGGAUUAUUUCAGCGAUUUAUUCCAAUCUUCUGAAACGAAUUUGGGAACGGUUUUGGACAGAAUUCGGCCCUCAAUCUCUUGUAUUCAAAAUGAGGAGUUACUAACUCCUGUAUCUGAGGAUGAAGUCAGAAGUGCCCUUUUCCAAAUGCAUCCGGAUAAGUCCCCCGGUCCGGAUGGCAUGACUCCGGCAUUUUACCAAAAGCAUUGGAGCAUUGUUGGAGCUGAUGUCGUUCAAUUUGUUCGGGAGUUCUUCGUUUCAGGCAAGUUCCCAGAUUCCAUUAAUGAUACUCAUAUUGUCUUAAUCCCAAAAAAGAAAAAUCCCACACAAGUGAGUGAUAUGAGACCUAUAUCCCUUUGCAAUGUGCUUUACAAAAUUGCCUCAAAGGUGGUGGCGAACAGAAUGAAGGGAGUCUUAAGUGAAGCUAUUUCUGAAACUCAAAGUGCGUUUGUUUCUGGUAGACUAAUUUCAGACAAUGUCAUGGUGGCCUUUGAAGCAAUGCAUUAUUUGAAAAGGAUGACCAAUGGAAGGAAGGGCUAUAUGGCGAUUAAACUUGAUAUGAGCAAGGCAUAUGACCGUGUUGAGUGGGGAUUUCUUGAGUCUAUUCUUCGGGUGAUGGGUUUCAGUGCUCGGUGGAUUGGGCUAGUGUUGAGCUGUGUAAACUCAGUCCGUUAUCAUGUUAUCAACAGUGGUCAAAGGAUGGGGCCAAUCCUCCCUACUAGAGGUAUUCGCCAAGGCUGCCCGCUAUCACCUUAUUUGUUCAUUGUUUGUGCGGAAGGCUUGUCCUCUUUGAUUCGCCACUAUGAGACUACUAGACUCAUCACGGGUUGCAAGGUAGCUAGGAGUGCACCCACUAUCUCUCAUCUACUCUUCGCAGACGACAGUUAUGUCUAUUGCCAAGCCUCAGAGGAAGAAGCAAGUCAUGUUCUCCAACUCCUGCACACCUUUGAACAAGCCUCCGGUCAAAAAGUUAAUCUGCACAAAUCCUCCGCCUUCUUCAGUUCGAACACAAGGACUACAUCUAGAAAUCGAAUAUGUAACCUGAUGCAAAUUCAAGAAGCAGGUAACGAUAGCAUGUACUUGGGCCUUCCAAGUAUAGUUGGGCGAAACAAAAAUGCGGUGUUGGGAUUUCUUAAAGAGAGAAUGAAGAAGAGAAUCAAUAGCUGGGAGGGUAGAUUUUUAUCUCGAGCUGGAAAAGAGGUUCUCAUCAAAACUGUGGUUCAAGCUCUGCCUUCGUAUGCUAUGAAUGUUUUCCUCUUUCCCAUAGGCACUUGCAAGGAAUUAGAGAGGAUGAUGGCAAGUUUUUGGUGGAAAUCGAACAACUCGAACAGUAAUGGCAGCGGUAUCACUUGGAUGAGUUGGGAUAGGAUGACAAAGCACAAGUUCGAUGGUGGUAUGGGCUUUCGUAGCUUGAGGGACUUUAAUUUGGCUAUGCUUGGUAAACAAGGUUGGCGACUCCUAUUUAACACAGAUUCUUUGGCCAGCAAAGUUUACAAAGCUAGAUACUAUCCUCAUGGGGACUACCUAACCGCGGAACUUGGGUCGAACCCGAGCUUUAUUUGGAGUAGUAUUUAUGCUGCUAGAGACACGGUCAAACUGGGUUUAAGGAAAAGAAUUGGUCUUGGUGCAACAGUAAACAUUACAUCUGAUCCAUGGCUCCCUAUUCUUGAUCAUCCUACACCAGUUCCAAUCGUAGAAGGCCUUGACAACUUCCAUGUUAAUAGUCUCUUUGAAGUUAAUACCCGAAAGUGGGAUGAAGACAUUGUGAAAGAUCUUUUUUCUCCCCAGGAUGCGGCUAUUAUCUUAGGCAUUCCAUUACACCAAACCAUCGUAAAUGAUUCCUGGUAUUGGCUUGCAGAAAAGAACGGGUUUUAUUCCGUGCGUAGUGCGUAUAACUCUCUCCAACAACUUAAACACCAUUCGGACUCCCCCGAGGCAUUUAGUUUCUGGAAGAUUUUAUGGUCUCUCAAAGUGCCUCCUAAGGCUAAGGAUCUUGUGUGGCGAGCGGCAUCAAAUUGUCUCGCCUCAAAAAGAAACUUAUGCAUCAAAAAGGUACUGGCUGAUAGUUCUUGUCCUUUUUGUGGUGUUUUUGCUGAAACGGAAUGGCAUGUAUUGGUUUCUUGUCAUUUUGCUUGGUCUUGUUUCGGGUAUGCUAGAUUGGCUGCUGUUGGAAGGGAUUUAUUUUCUUCCCUGCUGGUGUGGUUGGAAGCUACUGCAAGACGAGUUGACAAAGAGGAGUUGGGCAGAGUAGUGAUGCUCUGUUGGGCCAUUUGGGCAGCCAGGAAUGAUCUUGUAUGGAAGAACCGUGCGAGAAGUGUGAAAGAUGUGGUAACGUUUGCGAAAUCGAGUCUUGAUCAAUGGUUGAAUGCUCAAGGAAAGGGUAAUAUUCCCUCGAUGUCUCCUUUCAAAGUUGGAGACGGUUCAGAGCAGUGGGUUAAACCGGUCUCAGGCAUCAAACUCAACGUCGACGCGGCCAUCUUCGAUUCACUCCACAAGCACGGGUACGGCUGUGUGAUCAGGGACCAUACGAGCGGACUGGUUUCUGUCCUGGCAGGUGUCUUCUCCGGCUCUGUGGCUCCUGAACUGGCCGAGAUUAUGGGCAUUCGGGAAGCUUUGAGCUGGCUAAAGGACCGGCCUUUCUCUCAAGCCGUUAUCGAAACUGAUAGCCUUGUUUGUGCUGAUGCGAUUAGGAGUGCAGAAGCCUUUGUUUCUGCGUUUGGGCUACUGGUUGAUGAAUGCAAAAAUACGAAUCGUGCUGCGCACUUUGUUGCCCGGUACUCAGUCUCUCUAGCUGAUCGUAUGUUCCCUAUUAACAGUGUUCCUUCAGACUUAUUGUCCAUUCUUGCGAGCGAUUGCUCGGUUUAA